CUCUCUCUCAAAUAGACAAGAAGAGGUAGGUAGGAUGAGCUUGAUCAGCAUGAUGGAGGCGAGUAUGCCUCCGGGGUUCAGGUUCCACCCGAGUGACGGCGAGCUCGUGCUCGACUACCUCCUCCACAAGCUCUCCGGCCGCGGCGGACGCGGCUGCAGCGGCGUCACCAUCGUCGACGUCGAUCUCAACAAGUGCGAGCCAUGGGAGCUUCCAGUGUUCUUCCGAUCAGAGGCCGCAUGCGUGGGCGGGAAGGAGUGGUACUUCUUCAACCUGCGCGGCCGCAAGUACGCCACCGGUCAGCGCACGAACCGCGCCACGCGGUCAGGCUACUGGAAGGCCACCGGCAAGGAUCGCACCAUCAUUGCCGACGGGAAGGCGGCAGUGGUGGGGAUGCGGAAGACUCUGGUGUUCUACCGUGGACGGGCUCCCAAGGGGAUGAAGACGGAGUGGGUCAUGCACGAGUUCCGCCUGGAGCCACUGGCGGCGCCGUCGCAGGGGCGCGAGCUCCCAGUCGCAGCAAGGCACCACCGUUUCGAGGAGGACUGGGUGCUAUGCAGGGUGUUCUACAAGAGCAGAACAACCACACGAAGGCCACCAUCUGAAGAGACCGCAGCCGGCACGCCGUCCACCGGGCCGGACCUGCCUGCUGCCCUGCCUUUUACUCUCCUUGACGACACCUAUACAGCCUUUGACGGCGCCCCCAUGGCAACCGAGCAAGUGUCCUGCUUUUCCGGCCUUCCGGCGCUGUCAUUUGAGAGACCAGUGAGCCUUGGGGACCUGCUGGCCUUUGACACCCCUGAGAAGGAAGCCAUGAGCACAGUGCUGAGCAGCAUGUCAAGCAACAGCAGUUCAGGACUGGAGUUGGCUCCAAACUGGGAGCAGGAAAAUGGUCUGGCACAGAUGUGGAACCCCCUUUGAAUGUUGAUGCAGUAUGAUAGGGUGAUGUUGCAUGGUAGAUUUAGUGAGGUGCGGUGGUUAGUAAAUAGAUGACCUAUUCUUGGCUCUCCUACUGGAGUGUAGCCUCCGUGGAUUGUGGCCUUGUGGGUAUAAUUCAGAUUCCUGAAAUUUGAUUAGGUUGAAAUACAGAGAUGGAUUGGUAUAGUAUUUGUACAUAGGAUUGAAAAGGAAGCAUGCCCCUAUCUCUACACUGUAAGGGCCUGUUUGAAAGGGAGGAUUGCUCUAUGAACUUUUAGAAUUUGAACUAAAUUAUAAGGUUUGGAUCCAAUCAUCUCUAUCCUAACAGGCCUUAACUGUGUUCCUCUUUGCAGCUGAAUGUGGAUAUAUUUCAAUGUAUAACUGUUCCUCUUCCGUUUA